CAAGGUCCACUGCAUAGCAAUCAUCCAAGCGAGAGAACAGGAUGUAUAAGUAUUCGGAGUUCUACGCUCAAAUGGAUUAUUCAUUACCACCAACAUUCAGAGAAAACAAGAAACUGUCGCUACCAGAACCUACUAUCUCCUUGAAUCCAUAACUUCCAAUUUCCAACAAGUCUCUAGUCAAAUCAACAUGCGUUUCUCAACCAUCUCUGCUAUCGCCCUCCCUAUUCUCUCUUCCUUUGCUCUUGCAGACGACACAGUCACCGUCUCCGAUCUCACUGUCAGAAACAUCAACAGUACCAUUUACAGUGUGUCAUUCUCCGUUGCCAACACGACAUGUUCUGCAUCUCAACCUACCGCUGUCGUCGUAUGCGGUGAUUCACCAUAUCGCUUCUACAUCGAGGAGAACAGCCUUGACAGCUACAAUCUCACCAUCUACGAGCAGACUGGUGUAGCUGUCGGACUUUAUAAAGAACAAGAAGUCUCGACAAUUUGCAGAGCUGGACCCACUGGGGCUACCGAUUAUGUUUGCCAGAGUUUCUCCAAUUCUACAUUUACUUUGACCUUCGACGGUCAAUGAGCCACUUAGCUCCUGGGUACGGGAUCUUGGGCAGUAUUUUGUAUACCUUUUGUAAUGCAUAGCGAAAUGCCAAUCUUGUAUAUAAUC